AUGAAGCAUUGGGUAGCACAUUUGACCAAUGUAGUGACACAGUUGACAGGGGGUCAGGGACUACCCCCAUUCAUGUCAGGUCAGAUGCCAUUUAACCCUACUCAGUCCCCACCACCAUGUAUGCCACCCCCUUUCAAUAUGGCUCCUCAAAUGCAACUGAUGGCAAAUAUUGGUCCCCAAACACCUGUAGAUGCACCUUCUACCAGCCAUAGAGGCAGUUGCACACCAAUUGCAUCUGUUAAGAUUCCAGAGGGUGAACAUGAUUGUAUGCUAUACUUGAACAAACCUUUUCGCCUAGUUGCAAGAGGUAGAGUAUAUCAUACAGUGGCUAGGGACUCCUUACAUAAUAUGGCUCUUCCUCCAGAGCAUGGUAAGGUUUUUAUAGAGGUAGUGCAACGACAUGAGGAGGACUCUGCACUGCCUAUCCCAAAUGAAGAAGCAAACCUGUAUUCCCUGAGAGAUGCCAUUGGUACUUAUGUUGCUUGGCCAUUGUCCUUAAUCACUUUAAGACCCAAGGUUGCCCCUUCAUCAGGUAAAGGGUUAGGGAAAGAGACAGGCUACUCAAAAGAGUCCAUUGCUGGUCUAUCCAAUCAAGGUGCUGCAUGCUUGGAUAUGAUGAAGCUGUUUGUGAGAAGUGAUCAAGCCAUUGAUACAGCUACAUUUCAACUGACAAGUGAGCACUGGGGUAAAGAGUUUUGUGACAUUGUGGGGAAGGAAAACAUCAUAUAG